CCCGCCGGCUUCCCCACGGCUCGCGGGUCCGAGAUGCUGCAGCAGCUGCCUUCUGCGCUCCGCCGCGCCCUGCUGACCCGCUCCUGGAGGGGCACCGGGCUGCAGGGGCAACGCGCCUUCUCCCUGAAGGUCGUCAACGAGCCAGUCUUGGCAUUCACGCAGGGCAGCCCCGAGCGAGAGGCAUUGCAGAAGGCCUUGAAGACCCUGAAGGGCCAGACGGAGGCCAUCCCCUGCGUGGUGGGGGACGAGGAGGUGUGGACCUCGGACGUGCGCUUCCAGGUGUCGCCCUUUAACCAUGGACACAAGGUGGCCAAGUUCUGCUAUGCAGACAAGGCCCUGCUCAACAAAGCCAUCGGGGCCGCCCUGGCGGCCAGGAAAGAGUGGGACCUGAAGCCUGUCGCAGACCGGGCGCAGAUCUUCCUGAAGGCGGCAGAUAUGCUGAGCGGGCCGCGCCGGGCAGAGGUCCUCGCCAAGACCAUGGUGGGCCAGGGGAAGACGGUGAUCCAGGCCGAGAUCGACGCUGCCGCAGAGCUCAUCGACUUCUUCCGCUUCAAUGCCAAGUUCGCCGUGGAGCUGGAAGGGGAGCAGCCCAUCAGCGUGCCUCCCAGUACCAACAGCGUGGUGUACCGCGGGCUGGAGGGCUUCGUGGCAGCCAUCUCCCCCUUUAACUUCACUGCGAUCGGUGGCAACCUGGCGGGGGCACCAGCCUUGAUGGGCAACGUGGUCCUGUGGAAGCCCAGUGACACUGCCAUGCUGGCCAGCUAUGCCGUCUACCGCGUCCUCCGGGAGGCUGGCCUGCCCCCCAACAUCAUCCAGUUUGUGCCAGCUGAUGGGCCCACAUUUGGGGACGCCAUCACCAACUCAGAGCACCUCUGUGGCAUCAACUUCACUGGCAGUGUGCCCACCUUCAAACACCUGUGGAAGCAGGUGGCGCAGAAUCUGGACCGGUUCCGUACCUUCCCUCGCCUGGCUGGAGAGUGCGGUGGGAAGAACUUCCACUUCGUGCACAGCUCGGCCGACGUGGACAGCGUGGUGAGCGGGACGCUGCGCUCGGCCUUCGAGUACGGCGGCCAGAAGUGCUCGGCCUGCUCGCGCCUCUACGCGCCCCGCUCCCUGUGGCCGCAGAUCAAAGCGCGGCUGCUGGAGGAGCACAGCAGGAUCACGGUGGGCAACCCUGCAGAGGACUUUGGGAUCUUCUUCUCUGCGGUGAUUGACGCCAAGUCCUUCGGCCGCAUCAAGAAGUGGCUGGAGCACGCGCGCUCCUCGCCCAGCCUCACCGUCUUGGCCGGCGGCAAGUGUGACGACUCGGUGGGCUACUUCGUGGAGCCCUCCAUCAUCGAGAGCAAGGACCCCCAGGACGCCAUCAUGAAGGAGGAGAUCUUCGGGCCGGUGCUGACCGUGUACGUCUACCCAGACGACAAGUACCGGGACACGCUGCGGCUGGUGGACAGCACCACCAGCUACGGCCUCACGGGGGCAGUGUUCGCUCAGGAUCAGGCCGUUGUCCGCGAGGCCACCGAGAUGCUGAGGCACGCUGCCGGCAACUUCUACAUCAACGACAAGUCCACUGGCUCGGUGGUGGGCCAGCAGCCCUUCGGGGGCGCCCGAGCUUCCGGCACCAAUGACAAGCCGGGGGGCCCCCACUACAUCCUGCGGUGGACGUCGCCCCAAGUCAUCAAGGAGACCCACAAGCCCCUGGGGGAUUGGCGCUACUCCUAUAUGCAGUGAGCCUGACCUGUCCUCCCGUCUGCCCAGAUGACUGUCCUCAGUGCACUGACCUCAACCAGCUGUUCGCCCCACCCCACCACACACACCCAUACCGGCCCCGCCCCCACGGCUGGCCUGUACCCCAGGCCACUGUCCCACCCUCAGGGUCAGGUCCCGGAUUCUGGCUUGAGAUAAGCGGGGGCAGGGCUGUCCUGCGCUGGGGCCCCUGGCCUGGCCCUGCCCCGGACUCCUGCCAGGUGGGACUCGGUGCCCACCGAACGGGGUGCCCGCCGGGCUGGUGAGUCAGCCCCAGGGGCCUGUGCCCCCUCCUCGCCGGCCCGCACCUGAGCCACAGGCCCCGAGCCGCGUGCGCCUUAGCUGCCUGCGUGCCUUUCUCCGGGUGCUGUGUGCCCCGAGGCCGUGUGGCCCCUGCCCUGUGGGCCUGAGGGCCUGCUGGAGGCCACCUGCGGGUGCGGGGCGUGGCCGCCUUCCUGUCUGGGCCGUGAGUUUGGGGAGCUCGUGGCCCUCGGUCCACCUUCACUUCCCCGUCACCUCCCACCCUUCCUGCCUCGGGGGCGGCCAUGCUGCUCUGUGCUUUGCUUCGGGAGCUCAGGUCCUUCUCACUGGCAGGGCAGCUCCGCUCCCGGCCGCUCCCAGCCCCGAGAGCUCGCCAGGCCUGGCAGCCUGGCCGGGGUGCCCCUUUGGGCCCGCUCCUGAGCAGCCGAGUGGGGGCAGUGAUGAGCCCCUCCAGCUUGGCUUCUGGGGCCAGGGGACUAUCGGGGUGCCUUUGAAAGACAAGACCCUAAGAAUGGCUGGUAUGGGGUCCCUGCAGGGCUAGCCCGUCUGCUCCUCAAGCUAAGGCUUCACUCCGUGCCCUUUGGUCAGGAGAGCGCUGUGCCACCCAGCAGCCUCUGGCUUCUGCCCCCUUCUGGGGUCCUGCUGUGCCCAGGAUGGGUGGGGCAGCUGAUGGGGCAGGGGAGCCACAAGAGCCCUGGUUCUACACUGUAAGGUGGUGAUGGGGUUCACCUGACGCCACCCAAUAAACGCCUGUUGUUCAGUC